AAAACUCUUAAGCACACAUCAAAAUGCUAAUAAAAAAUCAUCUAUUGAAACUUCAAACAAACUAGAUAAAUAUACAAUUGACUUAACUACUGAAAAUUCUCACUUCUCAAAAUAUGCAAGAGUAGAAAAUACAGAGGAUGAUAAUAAUCUUUAUAAACAAAAUGCUGAAUGUAGUAAAGUAUAUAUAAGUAAGAAUAAUAAAUAUGAUAGUGAUAUUGAUAUUAUUGAUGAAAGUAAAUAUGUUAUACAUAAUCAUGGAAAGAUAAACAGAAGUAAAGAAGAAAUAGCACAAUCUGUAGUAUAUAAUACAAGAAGCUAA